AUGGAUUGGUUGUCCCCGUACCACGCCAUUCUUGAUUGCUAUGCCAAGGCUGUGACCUUGGCAAUGCCUGAGUUACCCAGAUUAGAGUGGAGGGGUUCGUCUGUCGGUGAGCGUAUUAAGGUGGAUCCCAUGAAGAUUGAGGCAGUCCAAGGUUGGUCUUGUCCCACCACAUCGAUCGAGAUCAGGUGUUUCAUGGGGUUAGCAGGUUAUUAUCGUCGGUUUGUGGAGGACUUCUUGUCUAUUGCGGUGCCCUUGACUAGACUGACCCAGAAGGGUGCUCUGUUCAGAUGGAACGAUGAUUGCGAUGCGAGCUUUCAGAAGCUCAAGACCGCUUUGACUACAUUACCAGUGUUACUGUUGCCCUCCAAUUCAGGGAUGUAUACCGUGUAUUGCGACGCUUUACGCGUUCGCUUGGGUUGUGUAUUGUGA